CCCACCCGGGACCUGCUCCGCGGGGCGUCGCCUCGGACCCCGCGCCCCGCACCCUCCGGGGACUCGGCCCCUCGGCUGGGGGCUCCAGGUGCGCUCCGGGGAGGAUGAAGCAGGCGCUGGUGGACGAUACUGAGGACGUGUCCCUGGACUUUGGCAAUGAAGACGAGCUGGCCUUUCGGAAAGCCAAGAUCAGGCACCCGCUGGCCACCUUUUUCCAUCUGUUUUUCCGAGUGAGUGCCAUUGUCACGUAUGUGUGCUGUGACUGGUUCAGCAGAAGCUUUGUGGGCUGCUUUGUCACCGUGCUCCUCCUCCUGUCCUUUGACUUCUGGUCUGUGAAGAACGUAACGGGAAGACUCAUGGUGGGCCUUCGUUGGUGGAACCAGAUCGAUGAAGAUGGGAAAAGCCACUGGAUUUUUGAAGCCAGAAAGGCCUCUCCGAAUCACAUUGCUGCCACAGAGGCUGAAGCACGUAUCUUCUGGCUCGGCCUCAUCAUCUGCCCGCUUAUUUGGAUUGUGUUCCUCUUUAGCACCUUAUUCUCCCUGAAGCUCAAGUGGCUGGCCCUUGUGAUAGCUGGGAUUUCUCUUCAAGCCGCUAACCUGUAUGGUUACAUCCUCUGUAAGAUGGGAGGUGAGAGUGACCUCAGCAAAGUCACAGCCAGUUUUCUGUCCCAGACGGUAUUCCAGACGGCUGGCCCGGGUGACUUCCAGAAGCCUGGCCUGGAGGGGCUGGAGAUUCACAAGCAUUAGGUAGGAGGGGAGAUUGAUGUGGGAGCCAGCCAGGGUAGGGGGUCAUCCCAGGGCUCCACGGCCUCCUCCCUUGGCUCACGUGGAAGGGGUGCAAACUUCACCCUGUGUGCAGGCACAAGGGACGGGGCAGGAAUGGGGGGAAAGAACAACGGGAUUUGCCCAACUCUCCACAGCUGCCCAGAGGGAGCUGGAACUUGGGAAUCACCUCUUCCCUCAUUGGUGCCAGUUCCUGCACAUCUCCCGGCAACGAGGAGAAUUCUAGAAUUUACGUCACUCUCUUUUACGUUAAAAAAAAAACAAAACAAAACAAAACAAAAAACCAAAAAACCAAAAUACCCCAUAAAUGGUCUUGGAGGACACUGGAAAUUAUUGGACAUUGUACAUAUAUUACUGCACGGGGCACAGACCCCCGUUCUGUUUACAUGGGUGAUUUAUGGGCUUUUUGGGACUAUUUUCACUUUUCCUCUCAAUCUGAAGCAAUGGCAUUUGGACUGUUAUUUAAAACCAUGACUGGAUUUUGCAAUGAAGCCACACAUCUAUCCCUCUGGUUCUUUUUUAGGCUUCUCUUCUGAGCCUGCAGUGGCUGAAGCAAGAGGUUCUGUUCUUAAAUAAGCUUCCAGCAGAGAAGAAUUCCCUGACCAAUAAGCCGUUGGUUUCCUGCCGGAAGUAGGCCUCAGGGGAGAGGCCUGAGACGUUUUUAUUCUUAAGACAGCACGUUGGUAAAGAAUGCCUUUAUGUAUGCUGACAGUGUAUGAAUAUGACAAUUAAAGCGUCUCUGAUUAAAUGACUUCACGCCCUA